CACUCCCCAUCACCCUCGCGCUCACCCACCCUGUCCUCCGGCUUCCAACCACCACCAACCCCUGAAGAGCCAGCCAGAGAACGCAUCUCACUCACCAGGCGAAUACUCGGGGAAAGUCCCGUGCCCAAGACCAACAGAGACCAAAGGAAAAGAAAAGCUCGGUGGGAUAUCACCAAGUGAAACAAUGGCCCGUGGCAACCAGCGCGACAAGGCCCGUGAGGCGAACCUGAAGAAGCAGGCUGCCAUGAAAUCCGGCAACAGCCAAAGUGGCACCGAGCUCCAGCGCUCCCGCGAGAGCGCUGCUGAGAUUAUGCGCCAGAAGCAAGCGGCCGCCGAGGCACGCAAGGCCACUGGCGAGGACAAGCCUGCCAAGGACAAGGGCAAGAAAUAGAUGACCUGAGCAGGAUCGAGGCGCGACGAGGAGAGACAGAGAGGUAGGGUCGGGGUGGUGGGCGCGGUUUGAUGGGAUGCGGUCGCCGCGUGAGGAGGACGGAUGCGGCCCCCAGGCCAAAUAGCAGUCAGACUCGUCGUGACGAAAUGAAAUGCUGACCAAGACUCUCUCUGCCUCCUCAACUUUCUCUCAUUUGUUCACUGACGUUGCUUUUCCUUGCUUCUCCAGAGUCGGCGUCAGCGCCCACAGACCACUACUUGACCUCUCACGACGACGUCUCCUAGAUGGCUUCCGAGGUGCCCAGUAAGCGCCCGAAAUACCGAUUUCGCAGGCUCGCUCACAUGCAAUCAAGUCACGCGCAAGCAGUUGCAGUCAUGAUCAAAUCCUAUUAAUUUGGA